CCACAAAAAAGUAUCGAAAAUAAGUAGCUGCAUCAGAGUGCAUGGCCUUUUACUCUUCAUCAGCGUCACAGUGACUCGGCUUGUUAGACGAAAUGAUUACCGCACUCGUGCCGAAUGAAGAUAUGAUAAGGCUUCUAUCUCCAGCACCCGCGAUCAUCAUCCUCUUUGUGCCAAAUGUAGCUGCCUUUGGUGCUGGAGACAUUCCAGACUUUUCGUAUCUCCAUGAAAAGGCAUUCCGCCAUGGAGACAUUGAGGGCAUCCUGGAAACCCUGCUUAAAUCUGUGGGAACAGGAGGUGGUAUCCUCGGUUUCGCCCAGUCGGUGAUGAACUCUGAAGGGCCCAAAUUCAAGAAGAGUGAUGUUCAAAAGGUGUACUUUGGAAACUGGUUGAGAGACUAUUCCCAAGCAAUGGAUAUCGCCGGUCUGAGUAAGCUAAGCGCUGAUACGCUCGUUCUUGUUGUUGCUGUCCUUGGGUUUAUGACCUUCGGAUAUGCCACCGAGGAAUACGAGGUGACUCCUCAACGUCUGGGUGUAUACCUCCCUAUCGAGCACAUCGAUAAUCCCAAGGGAUACGCUGAGAAAGAGGGAGAUGCGCGUCAAUUCCAUCCAGCCCUUCGAUCACCUGUGGAUCCCCGAGAGCUUGAGAUCGAUGAGCGCACCGGGAUGAAGAACUACAUGGCCACAGAGGAUCAGGAAUGGGACUCUUCGACUGCUCAUAUCCGGAGGACAUUCACCGCAUGCAUCGAGUACGGCCGUCGCGCAGGGGGCGAGGACGGACCUGACCUGUGGGAAGCGUACCGCCUCCUCGGCACAGGCCUUCACACGAUGGAAGACCUUCUUGCGCAUAGUAAUUGGUGCGAAAUCGCACUCCAUAAGAUGGGGUACGAGGAGGUUUUUUGUCAUGUUGGUGAGAAUGUCUCCGUUUGUGUCCCCGAAACAGGGGAGAGAGUUCCUCCCCUCGUUACCGGGACGUUCGGUAGUGCGGACUUCAUGCACUCGAUGCUCGGGGAAGCGACAGACCAUCUUAGCCAAGCGAGCGUCACAGCCUUGAAUGAUAAAAUGUCGGAGUCACAGGACAGUGAUGUCUCUGACAAAUUGGAGAGGUUGAAGAAGGUUAUGAGUGUAGUCGGUAGUGGGGAUGACGACCUAAGCCAUGGAGAAGAUCUUCAUGCACAAUCCCAAGCGUAUCAAUUUGAUCCGGAUAAUGUUGCACCCCCAGAGGUGCAGAAGCAGUUGUUGGAUCUCCUGCGCUGGAGGGACAACCUUUACAAGAAGAUAAGUGGCGUUAUCGAGACGACGGGUCUGGAUGAGGUAUUGGACGAGAUGAGCAACGCGCUCAGUGCCUACGUAUAUACCGUCAUCGCUCCGUGGCUUACCCCCAUCCUAUCCCAAGUCAUAACCGUUCUAGGGGAAGGAAGUAAAGCCGUCAUUGAUUCUGACGAUCAAUAUGAGGUCUUCAACAACCCAGACGCUUCUGACCCCUCGCACAGCAUCCUAUCGAAAGAUCAUUUUGGGCUGAUCCUCAACGAACCUGCUGGUAAAAUAGCACAGGUUUUAGUUGUGCGCAGCGUGGAGCUCAUUGUCCAGGCAUGGUCAGACGAGAGCGAUGCAAACGAUGUUAUCGAUAAAAUACUUGAGGCUUUCCACCAUCCGUACUAUACAAAUGAGGGAAGCCAGAUUCAGAGCCAAAUGUUUGACGAACUACGAAGGUGGGUAGAUGGGUUGGAGGACGUGGCCGCAACGAUGAAUUUGUUGACGAAGGAGAGCGUCCAAGAAGGGCUUAAUAAGAGAGAGGUGGACGAAAGUAUUGAGUCGAGAUAUGGUGAUAAUGGUAGUAGUGGGUAUGAAAGUCGAGGGUAUGGUGGAGAUGGGUACGAAGACCGAGGCCCACUACAAGAACGGGAGGUCGGGUGCUCUCCUGGAGAGGAAGGCGAAAUUUGGCAAUAUUCUGAAGAGAGCAGAGAAGAUGAAAGGGCCAGCGAGCCCCCAGAAUCCGAUAACGAAGAGGAUUACAGAAGCGAAAACGGAGAGGAUGAUGAAUACGGCCGUCGUUCUGGAGGGUGCGAAGACGAGUCAAAUUAUUAGCAUCGUAGUAUUCUCAGUAUUUCAGAAGGCCUAUAUAGGAAUGAAUUCUAGUUGACUAUUG